CGCUCGGACUCAAGCGUGGGCACAGUCAGUGUCAGGCGGCUAGUGGGCCAGCAAUCAACUUGAGUGUGCUUCAAGCUCCGUGAACUGCAAUCUAAUUCAAUUAAAAUUAAAACGCAAAUCUACGCGUCAAGUGAAAUUGCUCCAAAUUUGACUAACGACAAACGAAGACAAUUAUAAUCUCAGUUUAUGCCAUUGCGUGGGCAACGACACAACAAUGAGUCUAGCUGAGGAUCAGCAGCAAAUCAUGAUGAAGCGCUCUACAUCAAUGCCUGUUAAGCCAAAGCCGCUAGAUCCACGGCCAUUAGCACGUUCGCCAGAAAAGGAAAAGGUUAACGAUAGCGUUGCAGACUAUUAUCCCGAAAGUCCUAGCUGCACACGACGGCGCAAAUCCAAACAGAUAGCGGAGCAGUUGGAAACGCGCAGUGAUCAAAAUUUCCCAUAUACUUUGGAUUGGGCUGGUAGCACCAUUGAACUAAGUCCGGACUCGGACUGCGAUGGCCUGCGGCGCAGCAUGCAUCGUGUGAUGGAGAAAAAUGGUCACGAGAAUAUUGUGUUUCGUCGUAUCCCCGAGAAGUCCUGGCGUUAUAUGCGUGACGUCAUUACCACGCUGAUCGAAUUGGAGUGGAAAUAUAUGCUAACGCUAUUUCUGGGCAGCUACUUCAUUAGCUGGUUCUUUUUCGGUGUACUCUGCUAUAUGGUUUCUUACUAUCAUGGCGAUUUCCUCUUCGAUGCCUUCAGUGGCGAACGUUUGGGCGAGGGCAAGGAUCCCUGCAUUUACGGUGUAAAGAGUUUUGUGGCGAUGAUGAUUUAUUCCAUUGAAACUCAGACCACCUUAGGUUUCGGUGAAAAGUAUGCGAGUGAAGAAUGCCCUGAAUCAAUAUUUCUAUUUGUCAUCCAAAUGAUGUGUGCGGUGGCUAUAGAAGGUUCGAUGGUGAGCAUUAUCUAUGCAAAGACAGCGCGUCCAGCUAAGCAAUUGACCAAGCUUAAGUUUAGCGAUAAAGCAGUGAUUUGUUAUCGCGAUGGCAAGCUGUGUUUGCUCUUCCGGGUGUGCGAUCCACGCGAGCAGCAAUCUAUAGAGUCUAAAAUACGCGUCUAUAUGAUUGUGGAUAAACCCACACGCGAGGGCGAGCUCUUAAAAACCCACACGGAACUACAACUGGAGGGCAAUGGCGAGCAGCUUAUCGUCUGGCCGGAUAUAGUGUGUCAUGUCAUCGAUGAGAGCAGUCCCCUUUACCACUUUCACAAUGCCAAGCAGUUGAAUACAGCACAGUUUGAGCUAUAUGUAUCCAUUGUUGGCACCUCGCCGGCUACCGCGCAAAUGACCGAGGCCAAAACUUCCUAUGUUCCUCGCGAGAUAUUCUGGGGUCAACGCUUUGUCAAUAUUAUACACUACGAUGCCUGCCAUGAGCGCUAUUUAGUGGAUUACGAGAACUUCAAUACAACUAUAUCGGUGGACAUGCCCUUGAGUGUGACGCAUAUCGAGCAGUUACAAAUAGCUAACAGAACAUGAAAUUUACUUAAUACAAACAUACAUUACUCUUAUGACUAUCGAGGGCACACAAAACAUAUAAAAAUUGUAAAACUUCUCAAU